UCAGACUCCUCUGGGAGGCUCCAUAUUUCCAUACUCCACACUUUCACUUUCAUUUUUUUUAUAACUCUCACUAAACAUGCGGUGCUCUACAAUGUUUUGACACCAGAACAAAAGACUCAUCCACAACUUUUACCAUGAUCAGAUGGUUGGAUUUCCUACUGGUUUUGUACUUGGUCUAUCAAAGUGGAAUCCUCCCUGUAGGAAACGACCAUAUAACUGAGACAGGAGAAAAGGGAGGCAACGUCACCCUAACGUGUGAAUUUAAGGACCAUAACAUUUCACAAUUUGAAUUACACAAUCAGAUAGGAGACAUUGUUUGUGAGAAUGAAGAAUGUACUAGCAAAUUUGUUAAAAAAGGAUCAUGUGAUGUGAUCAUCAAGAAUCUGAGCUUCAGUGAUGCUGGGAGAUAUACUCUGACUGUCUAUUACGAUGAAGGUCAGACAGAGGUGGAGAAAAAAAUUAAGGAGUACCAUCUUCAUAUUCAUGGUAAUAUUUCUGCGAAAAUAGACAAGCCGUUGAAAUUGGAUGUUCUGUUGAUCAAUGCUGAUAAAGUGGAAAAAAACUCCAAUGGAGAGUGGACAGAGGUGUGGAAGUCACAAAAAGGGGUCAGCAGUGAUCGACUGAUCGACAGUGAUGGAAAUCUGAUCAUUAAUAAUUUUACAGCCACUGACGCUGGAACAUACAGAGUUCUGGACUCUGAUGGAGAAAUCUGGAUCACAUUGACAAUCACAGAAUCUAGUCCAGAAUCUGGCUCAAAGGGAGGUCAGAGGGACACAAAGAAUGACCAUGAACAACUGAAACCAAAUCUGAACAGCACAGAUGAUCACGGAACUAAUGGCACUGUAGAGAACUGGCCUUUGAUAGUUGGUUUAUCUGUAGGGGUUGGGGUGCCAGUUGUGGCUGCUGUGGCUCUGAUCAUAUAUUGUGUCAUGAAACACAAACGUCAACCAGAGCAACACAAUUACGAACUGGCCGCGGUGGGAGAUUCUGUACAAAACUAGCGAGCACUGGUUAGAUCCAACAGAUCUACAGAAGAUUCUUUCAACAUAUUUCUGCAGCUAGGUGUGUAAUAUGUAUCAUCUAUGAUAAUACCAUAAUUGUUGUUUAACAAUGUGUGAGAUGACAUUAUUGAGUAUGUCAUUCACUUUGCAAAAACAAAUGUACAAAAAACAACUGUGAAAGACUUGAAUACACACAGUGUACAGAUGGGUGACAAACUGAUGGAAAAACCAAACACUAAGUGUCUCAGGUGCUGCAGCACAUGCCAAAGAAGCUGCCAUUUCAGUUUUCAGCUGGGUUGAAAUUCAGUGACUGAAGGCCAUAGUAUAUUAUUCACAUAAUUCUUAUAUUCAUCAAGAAUGAAAUCAAUAUAAAUGUUUAAUAAUAGGAUAAAGGUGAUUAAUACACAGACCAACUUUAUGUUAAUUUGUAAUGACUCUUCCCUUUAAGGCCAGCAGAAUAUGAUCACCACAAAAUGAUAAUAUUGCUAUUAUCGCUGCCUGUUCUGGUAUUAUAUUAUUGUGUUAUAUUGCUAUGGAUAUGUGUGUUAUUAUGAUGUUGCACCUGUGCAAACCACAGUUCCUAAUGGAUAAAAAUAAACCUGUAACAGAAUAACAGAGCUACCAGAUACCCCAAUAUUCCUGUAGUCAGUUUAACUUUCAGUUUGUUUGUUUGUAAUUUAUAAUAUGAUGAAGAGGGUGUCCAAAACUGAGUCUGUCUUCCAGUUUUUUUUUCUUGCCGGCUCUUGCCAUUGAUGACUUAAUAGGGGAUUUUUAAGGUUUUAUUCUUUGUAAAGCUGCAUUGAAAUAAAGUAGUAUAUUGAGAAAAACACUAUACACAA